AGAAGAAACAUGCAAGUGGGAGAGGGCUCCGAUGAUUAUAGUCGUCCCUGGUUUCGAGUUGGACAGUUCAGUUCAUUUGGUUGGUAGAGGCGAACGAUGGUGCAUAGCACGACAGCUGAUUCUGGACAGUGUUGCGUCGUCUGAUCGUUUCUCUUCGCUGUCAGUUGCAGUUCAUACUGCGAAUCGGUUAGCUGCUUUACGUUUCGAUUUUUAUUUAUACGUGCUCGCACAAUAUAAUUGAUUGCAAUCUUUAUUGAAUAUUAUUUUACCACUUUGCGAUUCGAGAAAUUCCUUAUUAAUAAUUGGAAAAGCGAAGACAAGGAUUAGAAGCACAUCAUAGCGAUUCACUACGGCCUAUCUAGUUGCUUUUCACUUUAUUGUAAUUUUUGUGAUCGUUAUUUCUUUCUAACGCGAUUGCUGUGCAUGGUGAAGCGUCAGAAGAAAGGGCGGAGAGAUAGAGAAUGCACAGUAUCAUCAUCAGGGUAUGAUUUCGAACGCCGUUUGGAUACCUAAAUUUACCUUCGACCGAUGGUAAAUAAUAUAUUUCUCGGAAGAUGCAAUGGACAUUGACCCUGGUACGAUCAUGACCGAUUUAUGCCAUCAGGAGAUGAUGGCAGAUUUAAAAAAUCUUGCUUUGUCCGGUGGAGGAGGAUCUAGAUACAGUGGAGAUGAACAAGUACAGUUCAUUCCAGGUGGAAGUCAUCAGGUGACAAUUAAAUCUCCUCCACCUUCCCUGCAUUUGGAAAAUCUCAACAAUGCUGUUCUCAGCAACUCGCAAAAUAAUCUUCACUGCAAUUGCAAUGGUAGUGCAUCGAAUGGUACCGCGGCUUCAAUGUGUAGCAAUAGCAUGUUCGCAAGAAAAGUACCUAACCAUAGUCCGGGCCAGGAUGGCAAAAGGCCGGCAGUUACGCUGACGCAUUUACCGAAGAGGCCACCGGUUGACAUCGAGUUCAAGAAUCUAGCGUACAGCGUGUCAGAAGGCAGGAAAAGAGGAUACAAAACAAUUCUGAAAUGCGUGAAUGGAAAAUUUCGAUCCGGAGAAUUGACCGCCAUCAUGGGCCCUUCAGGUGCUGGAAAAAGUACACUUAUGAACGUUUUGGCAGGGUACAAGACGUCUCAUCUGAACGGCUCUGUUCUGAUAAACGGAAAAGACAGGAAUCUUAGGAGAUUUCGAAAAAUGUCUUGUUACAUAAUGCAAGAUGACCGCCUGUUACCUCAUUUGACGGUUUACGAGACAAUGACGGUUUCUGCUAAUUUGAAAUUGGGGAAGGAUAUCAGCGCGACGGCAAAAAAAAUUGUGAUCGAAGAAAUAAUCGAAACGCUUGGCCUAAGCGAUGCGAGCAAUACACAGACUCAUUGUCUUAGCGGAGGGCAGAGGAAAAGAUUAUCGAUCGGAUUGGAACUUGUUAACAAUCCUCCGGUAAUGUUUUUUGACGAACCAACUUCUGGCUUGGACAGUUCAACUUGUUACCAAUGUUUAAGCUUGCUCAAAUCAUUAAGUAGAGGAGGAAGAACUAUUAUAUGUACGAUACAUCAACCAAGUGCACGAUUAUUUGAAAUGUUUGAUCAUUUGUAUCUUUUGGCCGAGGGCCAGUGUAUAUAUCAAGGAAAUGUUGGUGGGCUGGUACCCUUUCUAUCAUCGGUGGGCUUGGAAUGUCCCAGUUAUCAUAACCCAGCGGAUUAUGUUAUGGAAGUGGCAUGUGGAGAACAUGGAGAAUGUGUGCAUAAAUUAGUUAUGGCUGUAAAUAAUGGUAAAUGUGCUAAUUAUCAACAUUAUCAAAGUACUAUAAAUGCGGUGCAAACUGUAUCGAAUGAUAUCGCGAAGGAGUCUCCGCAGCAAGAAACAAAAUCUGAAACUGCUCUAAUACCAAACGGUGUAGCAAAACAACCAAAUAGCGGAACAGUGAUUAACAUACCAAUUUCUUGCACGACUUCUCUAUUAGAUAGUGCAGAAAGUAUUGAGCAAAAAGUUGGCUUUCCAACAAAUAGUUGGACUCAAUUUUGGAUCCUUCUUAAAAGGAUAUUCUUGUCACAAAUAAGAGACAUGACAUUAACGAGAGUAAGGCUGAUUUCCCAUAUAAUUGUUGGGUUUCUCAUUGGUGCAAUUUAUUAUGAUAUCGGCAAUGAUGCUUCACGAGUAAUGAGCAAUGCCGGCUGCGUUUUCUUUACGGUAAUGUUUCUCAUGUUCACCGCAAUGAUGCCUACCAUUCUUACAUUUCCAAUAGAAAUGGCAGUAUUUGUAAGAGAACAUUUAAAUUACUGGUAUUCUGUAAAAGCUUAUUAUCUUGCAAGAACUUUAGCCGAUGUACCUUUUCAAAUAGUAUAUUCUAUAGCAUACGUCAUAAUUGUAUAUUUCAUGACGUCGCAACCAUUGGAAACAAAUAGAUUCAUGAUGUAUUUAACUAUAUGUAUAUUAACAGCAUUAGUUUCUCAAUCUAUCGGUUUAGUGAUAGGAUCAGCGAUGAGUGUGGAGACUGGAGUAUUCAUUGGCCCUGUAUCAUCGGUGCCAAUUGUUUUAUUCUCCGGUUUCUUUGUUAAUUUUGAUGCCAUUCCAAAGUAUCUAAAAUUUCUUUCGUACGUAAGUUAUGUUAGAUAUAGUUUUGAAGGCACCAUGAUUUCUGUGUAUGGUUAUAAUCGUGCUAAGCUCAAGUGUUCCGAUGCGUACUGCCAUUUCAAGAGCCCGACGAAGUUCCUCGAAGAAAUGUCGAUGCAAAACGCCGUCUUUUGGCAGGACGCGGUUGCAUUGACAGGUUUUUUGCUUACCUUGAGAGUGAUCGCCUACUUUGUACUGAGACUGAAGUUACGAUCUCUUCGUUAAAACGUGGCGAUAAUAUAAUCGAUAAUCAAUAGAUCAUUGCGAACAUUCGUUUCAUCUCAAUCAAAUAUUAAAAUCUUUGGAAAUUGCUGGUUAUGAUUCUAAAUUUUUAUUUUUUUUUUUUUCAUUGAAAAUAAAAAAAUUUGCACAUUUCAGUAAAAUUGAUAGAACAUAUAUGCAUGUAAAAUGACAAAAUAUUUUAAUUUUUAUUUGUUUUUAAGUACCAAGAUUUUAUAUACUUAUUUGAGCUCAUCUCAUAGAUUUGCUUGUGUUUUAAUUAUAUAAUGACAAAAUCAUAAAAUCAUCUUUAGAAACUGUAUUACAAUUAUAAAAUCCUUUAUUACUUUGAAUUUUUUUAAAAAUAUCGAAGUUUGAAAAAUCUGCACUCUUAAUUAUGUGCUUUAAAUAUAAUAAAUUGCAAUUAAUAUAAUUUAAAUACAAGGAAAGUUAAACAAAUAUUUAUAUUUUAUGAAGAUUUUGUUUUCGUUGUAUCCUCAAGUUCAAUUUAUAUAAUUUAUACAUUAAUGCAAAAUGUUGAAUUUGAAAUGUUAAAGCGACUAUAAAAUCAACUCGAAUAAGAUAUUGAGAAUAUGUGAUUUAUUGAUUAUUUUAUGUUAUACGAAUAUUGAUAUCUUGCAAUAAGUCUCUCGAUCGGCAUUAAACGGUCGUUUUUAAUUCUUCUGAAGAUAAUUCGCUAUACGAUUUCAUUAUCUUCUUAUUAUUUUUAAUUCUCUCAUUCUUGUAUAUAAAUAUAGGUAUAACAUCCAAAUGCAUCAUAUGACAUUGAACGAGACUAACAAUAAAAAAACACAGAUAAAUGGUACGCAUAGACAGUUUAGGCAUUUUUAAUAAAUUAGAAUACGCAAAAAUAGCGUGAAAUUGUAAAUCAUUGAUAAUAAAACAGAAAAGAGACCACCGUUGGUACUACGUAUUUUAUCGAAAUGCAACAUUGAUAGCCAAUUAUUACAAACUCGCCAGGAGCCUUAGGCCCAUUCAAGACUCAUGGUCCCUCCAACGAGCGCGUGUGCAUCACGCGAAUAACAUAGACUUUUUUUUAUAGAAAAUAAGCAAUAGAAAAUUUACAAAUCAAAGAUUAGAAUAGAUCCUCUAUUGUUCUCACAUUUACAUCGAUAGUUACAUCCACUUAAUCUACAAAAGAUAUCUCCAAGAUAUAUGAGGGAAACAAACGAUCAAUAGUUGUUUAACAUAUCGGACAAAAAUAAAUUUUAACAUGUUGAAGCACCAAAAAUUAAUUUAUUUUGCCCGAUAUUUAUGUAUAUCUGACGAGAUAUCUGAAUAUUUGUACUAAAAUCAAGAUCGCGAACAAUCCUUACUAUAUUGUCAUUCCAUUUAUAGAUAAUUCAAUAACUAUAAUAUUUAAGAGGCGAACAAAAAUUAUAAAACAUAAUAUUGUAAAAAGCUCACACCUGACCAAUCACUAGCUGCCUGUGCGUUUGCUUCUAAGUCUGGAGUGCUGAACAUUGUUACAUUUAUUAUAAUAUAGUCAUUUAAUUAAAGAGGUGAGGGAAGUAUAUUAUUAAAAAAAGAAAAAAAAUUAGAGCUAAAAAAAAAAAAAAAAAGAAGAAGAAGAAGAAAAAUAUAAUAGAAUGUGACAAAAAGAUUAUUCUGAUUUUGGAAACUUUUACAGGAGUUUUUGUUCACGGCCUAUUGCAUUAUUCUAACUGCUACAAAUUCAUUUCACUUAUGACUGGAGAACAAA